AUGUGCCGAGCCAUCAGCCGUGGGUGCCGACCCAGCAGCAUCAAGUGCCGAACCACCACCAGCAGGUUCCGAACCAACAGCAUCAGGUUCCGAACCACCAACAGCCAGGGCGGGCUCGCGCAUUCACCUGCAGCACCUCCUGCUGGCAGCAGCAACAGCAGCAGCACCGCGCGCAGCUGUGGGGCGGGCGGCGCAGGAGCAGGGAGGGUGGUGGGUGGAGGGCAGCAGCACCCUGUGUGGUCGGCGCUGCUGCCGCCCGUGUGUGCGGGGUGCCAUGGGUCGCUGGGCUUCUCCCCUGCGCUCUCGUCCAUGGGGGGGUUGUGGCACCCGCAGUGCUUCACGUGCCACGCAUGCAAGCAGACCAUCUCAGAGAAACAGUUCAACAUCAAGGAUGACAAGCCCUACCAUGCAGCAUGCCACCGCCAGCUCUUCCACCCCAAGUGCGCCGUCUGCCAGGACUUUAUCCGCCCCAACCCAGCAGGCAUGAUCAACUUCCGCUCGCACCCCUUCUGGGGAGACAAGUGGUGCCCCGCCCACAUGACUGACAGCACGCCCUCCUGCACCUCCUGCUGUCGCCUGCAGUCUCGCGGUUGCCCCCCUUUCAUCGACCUGCCAGACGGGCGGCAUCUCUGCCUUGACUGCGUUGACUCCGCCGUGCUAGACUCCGCCGACUGCCGCCCGCUUUUUUCGUCAGUUAGCGCCUUCUUUGCCCAGCUGGGGAUGCCAGUGCGGCAGCAGAUUCCGGUGCUGGCAGUGGAGCAGCAGGCAUUGAAUGAUGCUCAGAGGGCGGAGAGGGAGGGCCAUGAGCACGGGUCGCUCACGCGGGGCCUCUGCCUGUCAGAAGAGCAGACCAUUCAGAUGGUGGUGCGGCUGCCCGGCUCUCUCUCCCACGCCUCCUCCUUCUCGGCAGUGGGGCAGCAGACCAUGACGGUGUCUCGCCACUGCGCUGUCACUGCCAUCCUCGUGCUCUAUGGGCUGCCCAGAGUGUUAACGGCGUCCAUCCUAGCACACGAGCUCAUGCACGCGUGGUUCAAGCUCGACGGUGGAUUCCGGCACUUGCCUGCAGAGCUAGAGGAGGGCAUGUGCCAGGUCAUGGCGUACCUAUGGCUGCAAACCCAGGCCCCUCCAGCCCCACACGCCCCAUCACAAGCCCCAUCCCCACACACAUCACAACAAGCCUGCUCCACUGCUCCAUUGGCUCACGAGACGCACAGCAGCUUUCAGCAGCGCUUUGCAGCGUUCUGCCUGCACUCCAUUGCCACUGACGCUUCCCCCGUUUAUGGCGAUGGGUUUCGUGCCGCCCAUGCUGCUGUGCUCAAGCACGGGUUGCUACCUACUCUCGAGCACAUCCGGGCACAUAGAGUACUGCCUAGAGUAUAG